AUGGCACUGCAGUUCGAAGCCUUCUACUCGGGGGGCCUGGCCCCUGGCUGGAGCCUGCUGGUCCAGGGACAGUCCAACUCCAGAGAGGACAAGUUUGAGAUCAACUUCUUGUCCGAGUCGGGGGACAUCGCCUUCCAUGUGAAGCCCCGCUUCUCCAGCGCCACCUUGGUGGCCAACGCCUUCCAGGCCGGCAGCUGGGGCCCGGAGGAGGUGUCCAGUAUCUUCCCGCUGGUGCUGGGGGAGCCCUUUGAGACACCGCCUGCCUGCCCCCAGCUGGAGGUCCACGCAGACGCAGUGCAGUUCCACAUCCAAGCCCAGGGGCUGGAGGUGCUGCACUUCGAGCACCGCCACAGGCCCCUGGCGGCAGUCACCCGGGUGCAGGUGCUGAGUGAUCAUCGCCUGGCCCUGGUCGAGCUCACCAAGAGGGGCCCGAGCUGGGGGUGAGGCUCCUGCACCCCUGGGCCCGCCCUCCCUGCCCCACACUGCGCACUGGCAGGAAUCUUGCUUCUUGUCAUUACCUGGAACCCUCACGGGGGUGGGGGGGCGAGUGGCUCGCAGCUAUGGGUUGGUCCCCUGCCCUCUGCUCUUCCAGCCUGCCCGCCUACAUUCACAGCCAAGAGUGGGGUCCACUGUCCACCCCCUGGCCCCGAGUCUGCAUCCAGUGGUGGGGUGGGGUUCAGGCCUUGGGUGCUUGUAGGGACAGCGGCAACUGAGAGGAGCCGCAGAGCCAGGAGCUGAGCCUUGGUCACCCCGCAUCUGGGGCCCUGGAGUCCCCCAGUGGAGCGGGGAUGAGGCAGAGGAUUGUGGCUCUGUGGCCCCCACUCUGGCUCCACUGUCAAUAAAGU